AUGACCACUGGUACAGGUGAUACCUCCGCAGUGGUUGAGGCGACACCUCCAUCCACAUCCGCUUGGGUGACGUCCAAGAAGAGCACUCCGUCGAACGGAAAAGGGGUCACGACACACUCGACCAGAGCGUCAACUCGCACGUCGAGAGCUAUCGACGACACAGCUGCGAAUGCCGCAACCGGUAGCAGGUCAACCGACUCGACCAACCGGUUCACGGACGAAGACGCUGGCGAUGUCUCUAGCACAAGUGCUUCGGCAGUGCAACUUGGGCGCAGCUUACCAUCAGUGACGGCAGUCACAAGUGAUAGUGGCGUGAACAGCAGCAUGAGUGCAACCGUCGCUGGAGGCGCUGGUGCGGGCGCAUCGACAGUGACGUCCAACACGCCUUCCGACACGAACGGGUCGGUCAAUCGCUCAAUCAAUUCGCCCAACUCGGUUGGAAACUCAGCUGCUGCUGCUGCUACUGCGUCUCGAGAGGUACCCAGUCCAGUCAGUGCUGCUGGAAUGUCAAGCAGCUCAGUUCCAACACCGUCUUCGGCCGUACAACCAGUGCAAGAGCCGUUGGUAAGCUCCGCACGUAUGGGCGGCAGCACACCGAGAGACCUUCCGGUCCGCUCGCCAGCGUCUUCGGGGACCUCCACGAACGGCAACACAGCUGCAGCAUCCGGCACGACAACGACGGACCAGUCGACGAGCAGCUACCCCAAUUCUGAAGCCACGACUGCAUCUCAGGACACUGCACCUGCCGUUGCGUCCGGGACUGAAGAGCGCGAAAGCAGUGUCACUGGUGGACCAACAUCGUCAAUGGAGUCGAUCGCGUCGACUGGCAAUGGCAAAGCUGCCAGUAGAGCCAUCGGCAGCUCGACUCCGUUUUUCACGACUGCGUCGUCCAAAGGCUUUUCGAGCGGUGCUCCGAGCGAAGCACAGACGCUCUCGUCUUCUGCCUCCCGCAGCUCUUCGCGGUCGUCGAUUGCAUUGAAACGCUGGUACGACAGCAUCGCGCGUGAGAACGAAACGCAGCUUAUCGUAGGCGCCAAGAACUCUUCAUCAAGUGCGUUCCACCAGGUGUGCAACGGUCAACCGGCACUGAUCACGCAGUCGAGUGCAGAGACGCCGAAUGGCGGGUGUCCGGACGAGCUCACGGCCCUCAAUGCCUCUUGCACGUGCUUGACAGGGUACAGCGCGACUGCAGCUUCCUGGGUCUUUGACGUCACCUCCGAGUCGUGGAACUCGACUUCGCACGGAGCAACGCGUCCACUGACGCAAUCGGCUUCGGACAAGCUGAAGGUCACCACGAUUCGACCCAUGUGGGUGUCUUCGCGUCUCGAGACGCUCAAGAUCGACAGCUCGGACGAGUCUUCGGCUCUGCUGACGUUCGUGGAGGAUCACCGCCGGGGCCGCACGUUGUCAAGUCCUGUGUUGAAGCUCGUGCGGUCGAAGGGCAACAAGUCGGAGGUGCACCUCACGACGCUCUCGCUCACGAACGUGAACUUGCACACAGUAGCUGCGACCACGUCCGACUUUGUGCCUGCGACAGUCACGAGUCUCGCGUUGCGCCACUGCAACAUCUCGACCCUCGGCAGCAGCUUCACGCGCACGUGGGACGGACUCGAGCAGCUCGAUCUGUCUUCGAACACCCUCAGCACGUACUCGUUCGUCGGUGGACCUGCGCUCAAGGAGCUCAACUUGUCUUACAACGCACUGGCCGCGUUCCCCGUGACCGCACUCGGCUCGAAUGCUCUCGAAGCGCUCUACCUCCACGGCAACAACAUCCAGACCUUUAACGUGAACCAGCACGAGUUCGACCAGAUCCGAGCGCUCACAGCGUUCACGGCAGACCCACCGGCAACAGUGUCGACCUCUUGUGCCAACGGCACGAGGCAGUCGGCACACGGUACAGCCUUCUGCGUCCUCCGUGCGUCCACCGCCGCGGCACCCGAUGCAUCGCAAACACCUGCAGGCUCAGCGAGCCACGACGACUACGACAUUCUUGGGGCACUCGGGUACUGGUUCGUAGCGGGUGCGAUUGCUGUGCUGUUUGUGCUGUUGCUCGUGGUCUGGAAGCGACGUCGCUACAGUCGUGAAAGGAGCAGCAGCCCCUUCGUGUCACCGAUUGCCAUUGAGCCGACGACACCACAGUGCGACUUGAGCAUCGCUUUCGACGAUGCCCUCAAUCGGGACAGCGUCGUUGAGAUUGCUGCGCCAGCUAUCGGUGCUGCUGCUAUUGCUGCUACGGCUGGUGUUGCGACCAUUGCAGCUCAGGUGUACCCCGGGUACGGACAACCGCAUGGCAACAGCAUCGAGAGCGAAGACACUGCUGCGAUGGACAGGCUCCUUGCAAACGACACAGUCCUGGCGUCGUGUCGGCUCGAGUCCAGCGAGUUGCAGCUCGGUCGCUGCAUCAGUCGCGGUGGGUUCGGUCUGGUCUUUGUGGGGAGCUACCGAGGACGGCAGGUCGCCGUCAAGAAGAUCCGCAGUGAGCGCGAGGUCGGGUGCGAACAAGUCCAGCAGUUUGUGCGCGAGAUCUCGCUGCUCUCGAGCCUGAGCCAUCCGCGCAUUGUCGAGUUCGUUGGUGCUUGCUGGACGACGCCUGCAGAGCUAUCUGCGGUGACCGAACUCAUGGAGCGCGGCGACCUGCGCGACGUCACGCGGCGGUUCAAGCGUCGGGGCUAUCGGCUCACCUGGAGCACGUACAAGGUGAACAUCGCCUUGCACAUUGCAGAAGCGUUGACGUACUUGCACGGAUUGACGCCGACGGUGAUCCAUCGCGACCUCAAAGCAAAGAACGUGAUGCUGAAUGCCGACAUGGAAGCCAAGCUGAGCGACUUUGGCAUCGCCCGGACACGCAGCUCCGGCGAUGGCCGCAAGCCCAUGACCGCAGGCAUUGGCACGUCCUUCUGGAUCGCGCCCGAGGUGCUGCUUGGUCAGGACUACGACGAGCGCGCUGACAUUUACUCGUUUGGCGUCGUGCUCUCUGAAAUCGACACGGAGGACUACCCGUACUGGAACGCCAAGCACCCGCCUCAAGGCAAAGCACAGGAGCGCGAGAUCCUCCGUCAAGUCGCACGUGGGGCCAAGCGCCCGAGUUUCUCGGACGACUGCCCACCUGCAAUCUUAGAGCUCGCGGCGCGGUGUCUUCGGACAGACCCGGAAAAGCGGCCCAGUGCUCUCGGCAUUGUGCUCUAUCUGCAGCAGCUUCUGCAGUUUCGCAACUCGAGCGCACCGAGUUCGUCGAUGGUCUGCUCGUCGGAUGGCACGAAAAAGAGUGCACCGACGGGCACCGGUCCAGACAAUACCGUCGCGAGUCUCCGCGCCACGGCCUCGGCAGCUCAACAAAAGAAAAGAGUGGUGACCUCGUCCGCUACUGCUGCUAGCGCCGACGCCUCGGGAAAGCAAACGAAGAUAUCAUCGCAUUCGACAAGAAUGGAAGUCACUGCUGGUUCGGGCGUUCGCGUGUCCAGCGCCGUGAGCUCACGCCUUCAUCCGGCUGAAGCGCUGGAAGCGAGUCAUGAGGUAACGGCGUCUUCGGCUCAAGUGACUCGCCAUUCGAUACACACCAACGUUGCUGCCAAGGCGAAGACGGCAACGACAACGACGACAACAAGAUCGACGACACGACGUGAUACGCGGGCCAGUGCUAGCGGCAUCUCCGAAUACUUUUUGACCCCCGCCAUGGCAGGAAGCAGCGACAGUCUUCAACCAAUUCGAACCUGCAUCGAUGCAGUUCCCACUAGUCUCCAGGCAAGCCAUCAAGCGGCAACAGAUACGUUGGCUAGCAAUGGUUGUGGAGCUCUUCAAGCGGAAAAGAGACCGUAG